AUGUCUAACUUUAACUAUAAGAAAGUCUUAGUAAUCGGUGCCACGAGCGGCAUUGGUCAAGCUCUUGCAGAAAGAUUUCUCAAAGAGGGUAUCCAAGUCGUCGUCACAGGAAGACGAGAGGAUCGCCUCAGGGCGUUUACCGAACAAAACGGCGGUGCAUAUGAGGUAUUCGAUAUUACCAAACUUCAAGAUAUUCCCAAAUUCGUCGAGAGGUUGACCGAGGAACAUCAUGAUAUCGACGCCGUUCUUCUCAAUUCAGGCAUUCAACGCGGCUUCAACUUCACUAGGCCCGAGACCAUCGAUCUCAAUGUUAUCACUGAGGAACUAACUGUCAAUUACUUAUCCUACAUUCACUUGACAACAGCUCUUCUUCCAUUUCUACUGAAGAAGGAAUCGUCUGCUCUAAUCUAUGUCAGCUCGGUUCUGGCUAUGGUCCCGCUUGCGAGAUGUCCAAAUUACUGUGCGACUAAAGCGGCAUUGCACCAGUUUGUUCUCUCGCUUCGGAAUCAACUCAAUGGCACCUCUGUGAAGGUACUUGAGAUACUGCCGCCUGCAGUUCAAACUGAACUACAUGAUGAAACCAACCAGCCAGACAUGAAAGGCGCAGGAAAAAUCGGCAUGCCGCUGGAUGAAUUCGUGGAAGAAACGUGGAAGGAUUUAACGACUGGUAACGAGGCUAAUGAGUUCCCUAUCGGAUUCGGAAAAAUGGUUUACGAGGCCAUCGAACCACCCCGCAAAGCGAUCAUGGAAAAAUUCCCCCAAACACCUGCAAAUAUUUAG